CAGAGGAUGGAUAGGUCAUGAACAUGAACUAUCCAAUUGCACGAUACCACAUCCGUACUGUACUCGAACCGAAGGAAAUGGCUGGCCAGUAAACGUAUAGCUGAAACUAUUACUAUUCCGACUGUCUGUGUUAGCGACGAGUGGGGGCGAGGGAUUUUGGACGUACCUGCAUCCAGUUUUCUAGGACAUCCAAUGUCCAAUGCAUGGUUAGCAAGAGUCAGAGUCUAUCGUUGAGUGUUGUCAUCAGCGUCAGUGUCAAGAGCAACAUGUUUACCGCAUAAAUUUGACAUGAGUUUCUGCUGAGGGAAACUUUGGCAGGAACCAGUAUUUGGCAAGGUUGUUGCCAUCUUCCCUCGACUUCCAUGCCCAGUCGGUCCAGUUCUGAGGCUUCCUUCAUUCUUGUGGGCGGCAAAUCCAGUCCCCACAAGAAAUCCUCGUCUGGUUCAUCGACGUCGAGUGAAAAAUAUACCGAGCCAACGGAGCAUCCCUCGUGUUCGCCCUCAUACAAGCCAGGAUCUUCUCCGUCGUACGCUCACGACUGGUCGCAUCGAGGUACGGGUGGAAACCUGCGUAUACAUGGUCGUCACUUUGUAGACAAGUACGGUCGGGUCUGUGGGCUUAGGGGAGUCAAUCUCUCGGGUUCCUCGAAAUCACCAGCUAACCAUGACAACGACGUAUUCCCUGCGGAGCAUGAGACCGUAACAUUUGUUGGUCGGCCGUUCCCUUUGGAGGAAGCGCACGAGCAUUUCUCUCGUCUGCGACGAUGGGGAUUUACUUUCAUUCGGUUUCUUGUGAUGUGGGAGGCUGUAGAGCAUACAGGGCUUGGGAUCUAUGACACAGAAUAUCUGGACUAUAUUCGCAACCUUCUUUCCAUGCUACCUCAGUACGGUAUGAUCGCUUUUGUCGCUCUGCACCAGGACGUGUGGUCGCGUUAUUCAGGCGGAUCAGGCGCACCAGCGUGGACUUUAGAAGCUGUUGGGUUCGAUUUGCAUAAACUAGAAGAGACAGGCUCGGCCUGGUUAAAAGGCGUCAAGGGAGGAGGUCAUGUGAAAGAGGAACAAGGCCUUUGGUCGUGUGGAUACACCAAGCUUGCUGCAGCGACCAUGGCGACGUGUUUCUGGGCUGGAGACGCCUUCGCGCCGAAGCUGAAUCUGAAGGAUCGUCAUGGAAAAGAGGUGUCUGUUCAAGAAUUUUUACAGAGUGCCUUUUUAGAUAUGUUUGAGAAUAUCGUUCGUGCCGUUGGGGAUCUGGAAGCCGUUAUUGGAUUCGAGAUGAUGAACGAACCGCAUAGAGGUUAUGUUGAGUUGCAGUCGUUACAUGUUUUCGAUUAUAACACCGACCUACAUCUUGCACAUAUGCCUACCGCUUUCGAAUCAUUUCAGCUUGGAGCCGGUCAUCCAACUGAAGUCGCUGUAUAUACCCGUUCCUUCCCAAUGCCCACACGAAAAACAUCCAGUGCUGUAUUGAAUGCAGAGGGUGAGAAGGUGUGGCGCCCUGACGGUCCUUCACAAGGCCAGUGCAUAUGGGAGAUGCAUGGCAUCUGGGGAUGGGACGUCACCAAGAAGGAAGCUGUCAUCCUUCGGGAGAAUUAUUUCGUCAAGCAUCCUAUGACGGGACAUAAGAUCGAUUGGUACAACGACUUUUUCUACCCGUUUAUUCGCAAAUGGGAACAAAGAGUACGAGGGAUAGUUUCUCCCGAGAAAGUGCUUUUCAUUGAGGUCAUUCCGAACGAGUUUUGUCCCGACUCUUUUACCUCCGAAAAGCAGGUGUCGAACAUGGUUUAUGCGCCGCACUGGUAUGACUUGAAUGCCCUUUUCACGAAAGCCUUUGGAGACUUCACUGUCAAUGUCCAAGGCUUGUCUCGAGGAAUGUUUCCUCCUAAAGCCUUUUAUUGGGGCCAUGUAGGUGCUAGGAAUAACUACUCGCUACAAAUCAGGAAUAUUGUCGAACGCGGAUACAAGUCAUUAGGCGAGAAACCGGUCAUCAUUGGUGAAUGUGGUAUCCCCAUGGAUCUAAAUAAGAAAGAAGCUUUCACUUCUGACAAUUGGCUAUGGCAAACCAGGAUUAUGGAUGCCAUGAUUACGGCGCUAGAACGUUCAUUGGUUGGCUAUACCCUCUGGUGCUACAACCCUUCCAAUGAUGACGAGACAGGGGACGACUGGAAUGGCGAGAGCUUCUCGUGGUUCAGCCGAAAACGAGCUCUGCCUCCGUUUUUGCUGUACUACGAACAGACAGCUGUAUCGCUUGAUCAAGGUGGCCGAAUACUUCCAGCAGUAGUGCGGCCGUAUCCCGCCAAGACUGCCGGGAUACCUCUUCGCUUCGAGUACGAGAUGAACACUGGAUCUUUCGCUUUCGAGUGGGUGAACGCAGAUUCAUCAAGGACGAUAACUAAGGAAGAGGAGACCGCAAAAGCAAGCCCUAGCGUUUCCACACCACCAGUAUCUGGGCAUCCCACGGUCAGCGCUUGGGAAACAGAGAUCUUCAUACCGUCCAUGAUCACUGAUGGGAGAAAAGUUGUUGUCGAUGGUUUGGAGCCUGGAGAUUUAUAUCUUCACGAUGAACAGCGACAGACGUUGUUUAUCGUUACGGGGAAUCGCUCUGCAGGAAAGAAGCACAAGGUAGAAGUGUCGUUGAAUCCGCCGUUGAAGGAGAGCUUUGAGAUUAAUGAUCUAUGGAGCGAUUUUAGUGUGUUAAUCUUGUCGUGCUCUAUGGUUUUCUUUGCUAUUUUCUGGUAUUGGAUACUUAAGCCAUCUGCUUAGAUAUUUCUUCGAUUGUGAUUUGUAUACCUCAUAAAGUUGUGCACCAGCUUUUGCUCUUCCGGCCAUAGAAAACCUUCUGGAUGGUUUUCAUCUAUCUUAGCUUCUCUUUCUUCAUUAUGUCUUUUGGUAGGCAUGUACCUCAGUGGAUGCAUACUUAAUAGUGGGAUGUCUUUGAGGGGAUCCCCUUUAAUAUCCCUCAAUAUUUGGAAUUUAUCUAGAAGGUCAUCCAAUAGUGGUUUAACCUUCAGUGCCACCAGUUUACACUUUUUGCUAGCU